AUGGCGUCCGUUGCGGUGGGCACGAAGCGAACAUUCUCCGCAAUGGUCGGUGACGCGGCUCGAAACGGCGACUGGGCUUCCCCAGCGAGGCCAUCCAGCUCCCUUGGACCUGACCGUCCGCGCGUCCUAGGUGUUGAAGGAACCUAUUCAAUGCAAUCAAGUGCGCGAUCCACACCACGAACCACACCUACCCCAAUCCCUCUCGUAGAGUCUCGACGAGUAUUCGACCCGAAUGCGUCCAUUGUAUUGAUGGGAAUUCGCGGGACUGGAAAGUCUACUUUGGCGAUUAUGGCCUCGAUAGCGUGUCGACGCCGCGUAGUAGAUGUGGAAAAUGUGUUCCAGGAAGCCACGGGUUUCUCUACCUCCAAGUAUCGAAAGCAAUUCGGGGCUUCGAACCAUAACCUGCGACAAGAGGAACUCCUGCGCAACAUACUCCAGUCGCAUGCAAAAGGCGCAAUCAUCGUCUGCAAUGGAAGCUCACUCGAGCGCAGCGGGCAGAUGCUACUUCAAGAUUUCUCCAGGUCGCAUCCUGUCAUACAUAUUCUACGAGAUAUGAAAAGUGUACACGACUAUCUAGAGGUGCUCGAGUUAUCCAAGCUAAAGGACAUUGUAGCCUUUAGCGCCCCCAUGUUUCGUCGAUGCUCCAACUACGAGUUCUACAAUAUUUCCGAAACGAAAGCUGCAUUCUCGGUAGUGCCUGCGAACCAGACUUCCGUGCCUGCGUUUCUAACGCUGAAACGAGCCGAACGGACUUUUCUAAAAUUUCUCUCGCUAAUUGUGCCCAUCCAAAGCGAAAAUGCGCCGCUGGAACAAGGACUUCGCCUCCCGUCUGCUGCGGAACGAGCUGGUUUCCCACUGUCGGGAGUACCAGUGGAACUGAGGAAAUAUACUUGUGCAGUACAAGUUCCAUUGACCGAUCUUUGUUCAGAAGAUGUCGACAUUGAGCACCUGGAAUUUGGCUCUGACGCAUUUGAGAUAGUCAUCGAGCCUGAAGACGUAGAUCUCUACCAUUUUGACGAUCCUUCGAGAGCGACCAUCAUCAGUCGAGCCAUAUCUAGGGUUCGGAGAAGUACAGUCGUUCCGAUUAUAUAUCAUGUAACACCCGCGGAACCUCAACAACGAACAUCAUACAUCGAGCAUGUCCAGCACGGCUUGCGCUUGGGCCCAGAGUUCGCUACCGUCGAUCUGCGCCUGGACGAGGAGACUGUACUGAAUAUGAUCGAGACAAGAGGGUCAACCAAGAUCAUUGGCCACCUUCAUGCCCCGACCGACUGGUACGAUGCUUUCUGGGUCGAAAACUACGACAGAGCGAUGCGAUUAGGAUGCACUGCUGUCCGAUUCACCCGGCCGGCUAAUUUUAUGGAUGAUAAUCAGUCUGUCCAGAGUUUUCGGAAUAAGAUAUACGAUAAGACGGAGAGGAUCCCGUUGAUAUGUUUCAAUACUGGACGAGCGGGUCGUCGUUCAGCAUGCUUCAACCAAGUUCUGACCAGCGUAAUUCCAGAGUCAGUACGAGACGGUCCAUCCUUUGCUGAAAGAGUCCGGCGAAAUCCGGAGACUUCGUGGCUGUCUGUUCGAGAAGCAACACAUAUUCUGUACGCCUCUUUCACCUACGAUCCUAUGAAGUUCUACAUUAUGGGUGCCAGCGCUGGAUACAGUUUAUCACCGGCAAUGCACAACGCAGCUUACAAGGCAUGCGGUAUGCCUCAUCAUUUCGAGAGGCUGCAGACUAAUUCGUUGAACACACUGCAGGAGCUGGUGCAAGAUGUUAGCUUCGGAGGCACAGCUGUGAGCCAGCCCUUCAAGCUAGAAGUCAUAUCGCUAGUGCACUCUAUGAGUCGGCACGCACGGGCAAUAGGUGCAGUCAAUACGUUAAUUCCUGUGCGACACCUAAACAAAAACGGUAGCAUCCCGGGAGAUCUUGAGUUGUUCAUGGAGCGCAAUCAAUCUGGUCCGAUCAAAGCCUUGUACGGGGACAAUACAGAUUGGAUAGGCAUAAGAUCAUGCAUUCGAAGGGGGUUGUCGCCCGCCAACGCCGUGAGACCAACGACCUGUGGCCUUGUUAUCGGUGCUGGAGGCAUGGCCCGCGCGGCUGUAUACGCCAUGCUUCACAUUGGUGUGCAGAACAUCAUCAUCUACAAUCGCUCCCAUGCGAACGCAGAGAAGCUCGUGAAUCAUUACGAGCGUCUCAUCUCAUCUGCGUUAAGCACGGGUUUACUACCUACAAGUCAUCAAGACGCAGAGCCAAAGUUCCGCAUUCUGCGGUCUCUCGAGGAUAAAUGGCCGUCAGACCUCCGCCCUCCUACCAUUAUUUUGUCCUGCAUUCCCACGCAUCCUAUCGGAGAUGCCCCGGCACCAAGCUUUACGCUUCCGAAGCAGUGGCUGCACAGCCCAUCUGGCGGCGUGGUGAUUGAAUUGGCUUAUCGUACGCUCAAUACGCCUCUGAUGAAGCAGAUCAGAGGGGAGACAUCGGGCGCUUGGGUGUGCAUGGACGGGCUGGACCUUUUUGCCUGA